AUGAAAGUUCCGGACGAAGCGCUGUUGCGGGGUCGGAGCAAGGCGCCCCUCGACGACGUCGAGGUGCUGUACCUGUCUGGGUGCGCCCUCGAUGGCGUCGCCCAUCUCGACGCAUGCACGCACUUGCAUUCGUUGCACCUGGCGCACAAUCGGCUCGUCGACAUCGCUGGCCUCCGGUCGCUCCGAACGCUGUGGCACAUCAACCUGAGCUAUAACGCCCGCCUCCACGACCUGUCUCCGCUCGCCGACUUUGCCGCACUCGGCUUCCUCUCGCUUGAACACUGCAUGUUGACGUUCGAUGACGUUGCUGCUCUCCGAGAUAUGCACAUCGCCGAGCUUCGGCUGCACGGCAACCCCCCGCUUCUUCUCGGCCAGGAUGCUGACCAAGAUGAAGCCACGUACCGCUUGAAGACGGCCGCGCUCCUGCCAAAUGUGUGGGUCCUGGACGGCCACUACAUCACGACCGACCAACGUCUCUUGGCGCUGGAAACGUUCGGCGAGUUUGAGUUUGCAACGACGCAAGGCCGCACCGACAGAUAUGGGUCGACUGCGAUGACGUGGCAGCUCCUGCCGACGGCGCAGUCGAACCACUUGGCAGACCACCUUUUGCAUGUGGUGAGCCACCAGCCAACGUCGCGGCGCAUCCUCCGCGAGUCGUACCGACUCAAAGCUGUGCUUCACAUGUAUGCCCAUUUGGCUACCCACGUGAACGCUCACUUGUAUCUGGCACCCCCAACCAAACCGUCGUCGGCAGGCUGUGCUGGCCACCACAGCGCGACGAAUCCGUCCGUGAAAGCGCAGCCGUGGCCCGUGCUCCCCACCGACGCCAUCCUGCACAUGCCGCCCCGUGCCCGCCUAAACCUGGCGAUUCUCGUGGCUGCGACCCUCGACUUUCCAUCGCUUCCGCCGUUCCUCGUCCUCGAAGCAGCCACGAUCAACUUGGUCGGCCAGUUGGACGCCGCCGAUGUUCGCGCUGUUCUCGAAGCACCACCGUACGUCGCGACUGCGCUGCUCUUCCUCCUCGGCGAGCAAGGGCUCAAAGACAACCUGUCGCUGCCAGAGAACGACCGGAAGCUGUGGUCGAGUCUGCCUGUCAUUCUGUCGACUUUUGCCCCGUCCUCGGUGGCAGCGCACUCAACGGACGACUCGGAUCAUCCCGACUACAUCCACAACGAUCAGUUGUUCACAAGGCGGUGUUGCUACGCGGUCAUCCUGCUCUCGCGAGCGCCGUCGUUUCCCACGCAUGGAGCAGCCACGUCAUCUUCAGUUGCAGUCGCUGUUGCAGCGUCGCUGCAGCCCCUCCUGGACAAAGCCAAGAUGCGUGUGCAGGACCUCGUCCCCGACUCUUCUGCCGCUUCUUCUUCCUCCUCCUCCAUGUCUGCGUGGAUCGGCAGCCAGAAGCGGCUAGACGGAAUUCGGUCGGGAAACCCAGAGCACCUGCCGUGGAACAAACCGUCCAACAACGAUCGCAGCUCCACCGUCAGGUAUCCUCGCCCAUGGGCGGCGCAAGAUCACGCUUCGGCCACGGCACCCGCAAACAACGACUCGACGGAGAAUGCCGCACCAGGUCAAGGCCGCGCCAGCACUCCCGCAUCGGACACGCAUCGCAAUGAACCAGCUAAGUCGAGUGCAUUCUCCAAGAAUUAUCUUCAACACGCUCGGUCGAGUGUGCAGCUACAAGACUGCUCGUCCCGUCGGCGCGGCAAGUUGCAUCGGGACGCGCAUGGUUUCCACAAAGAAGGAGUACCGAGGUCGUUUGGCGUGCCCAACGCCGACCUGUCGGCGCAGGAUUUGAUGGAUGUGACGGCGGUCAUGGGGCUUUUACCGACAUCAACCAAACCUGUGGAACUGUUCGCCACGAAUACAUCGUGGAAUGCAAACUACGUGCUCGCGCCACCCGCGCUCGUGCUUGCGCAGAACAUGUGGAUGGGCAAGCAACAGUCAGACGGCGCUGGGUGGAGCCGCAUGGGAGUUAUCCCAGCUCGCACGGUCGAGUCCACGCAGAACUUGGUCCCACAGCCGCGACCGUUGGGCCCGACACGUCACGCCAUGAUGUACAUGGCGGUGAAUGGGCGAAAGGAUGGAAUUCCCAAUGUGGAAGACAGUGACGAUGAAGUUGCGGUGCCACAACAAGUGGACGGCACCGAGAGGACGCAUUCGGAUGGCGGGAUGCAAGAGCUGCAACGAGACCUUGCAAUGCUCCUGGGCAAGGUCCCAGGAACGACAGAUAAUACCUCGCCAUCGUUCUUCAUGACACAGGGAGGGUCGCAUGACCAGUUAGCGACGUCGUCGACGGCGGCAAUGCCUGGGAAGAGGGGUCGUGUUGACGUGUCAGUGGCAUGUCAGCACCAACGACGGUCGUACGACUCGGACGCUGGCAAGCCCGCAAGGAAAGCAGGCUUCAAGACAUGGUAUGCUGUUGCAGCCAAGUCCGAGCUCGUGGUGCCGACGCUGGAACACGUCACUGGCAACAACUCUCCACAACGCAUUACGACACACUCAAACAUGCGCGUGAAGAAGACAGAUUCUCUCCUGCAGAAGGCCGCCUUGACAGAUGUUGCUUCAUUCGCCGCACUUCCGUCGCUCUCGUCGUCGUCGCCGUCGGCGACGGCCCUCCCGACGACUUUUCUCCCCCGCAGUUCAAGUUUGCCAGUUUUAUAA